AACGAGGUAAGCGCUGAUCAUCGAUAGCUACUCUUGCAGAGAUCGACACGCACGCAUGGCGAGAUCACUCGCGUUGCUCAUGCUCCUGUUCAAUUCCUCGCUGCUGCUCCCUCCGGCGAGCAGCGACGACGACGCCGCUGCUGCCGCCGUUCCCACGGGCGGCGCCGCCGCCGACGAGCUCGCGCUGCUCUCCUUCAGGUCGUCUCUUGUGUCCCAGGGGGGCUCGUCGCUGGCAUCAUGGAACACUACGUCCGGCCACGGCCAGCACUGCACAUGGGCGGGUGUCGCGUGCGGCGGCCGGCGGGACAGGGUGGUCGAGCUGCGGCUGCGAUCGUUCAACCUGUCCGGGACCAUCUCGCCGUCGCUGGGCAACCUCUCCUUCCUCGCUAAGCUGCACCUCGGCGGCAACCACCUCUCCGGCGAGAUACCGCCGGAGCUCGGCCGCCUAAGCAGGCUCCGGCGGUUGAACAUGAGUGGCAACUCCCUCCAAGGGAGCAUCCCCGCCGCCAUUGGAGGCUGCUUUCGUCUCAUCGAGAUGGACCUCACCAUCAACCAGCUCGAAGGUAAAAUUCCCCUCCAGAUUGGCGCCUCCAUGAAAAAUCUUGCCUACCUGUAUCUCGAAGGAAAUCGCCUGUCGGGACAGAUCCCUCGAUCGUUGGCAGAGCUGCCAUCGAUCCAAGAACUGUCACUAGGUAGCAACGGGCUAUCAGGUGAGAUUCCACCUGCUCUGGGCAAUCUCACUGGCCUCUCGUUUCUUUCACUGUCAGAAAAUUCACUCUCUGGAGGUAUCCCUUCGUCUCUGUGCAAUCUCACCAGCCUCUCCUCUCUCUAUCUGAACAAGAAUACACUGUCUGGAACAAUCCCUUCGUGCUUGGGCAAUCUCAACAGCCUCUUGGAGCUUGCUCUGUCUGACAACACGCUGUCUGGAGCAAUCCCUUCAUCUCUGGGUCGAUUGUCUAGAUUGUCUUCCCUUCACUUAAGCUCUAACAAUUUAAGUGGACUGAUCCCGGAUCCUAUUUGGAACAUCUCCUCUCUCACCGUGUUCGGUGUCCAGUACAACAUGCUGAGUGGUAUGCUUCCUGCAAAUGCAUUCAGUACACUUCCCCAUCUCCAAGAGGUAUACAUGGAUAACAACCAGUUUCAUGGGCAUAUCCCUGCAUCAGUAGCUAAUGCUUCCAACAUCUCCAUGCUUACCUUUGGUGUUAAUUCUUUUAGCGGUGUUGUUCCUGAGGAAAUCGGGAGGCUGAGAAAUCUCGGCACGCUGGUUCUUGCGGAAACCCUUCUGGAAGCUGAAGGACCAAACGAUUGGAAAUUCAUGACGGCAUUGACGAAUUGCUCCAAUCUCCAACACGUAGAAAUGGGUGCCUGCAAGUUUGGUGGUGUUCUUCCUGACUCUGUUUCCAAUCUUUCCUCAUCACUAGUAUAUCUCUCUAUUGGAGCCAAUAAAAUUUCAGGAAGCUUGCCUAGAGAUAUUGGUAAUCUCAUUAAUCUAGAAUCCCUUGUUCUCUUUAACAACUCCUUGACAGGAUCUCUUCCAUCUUCCUUCAGCAAGCUUAAAAAUUUGCAUCGUCUCAUUCUAUUCAACAACAAAUUAAGUGGUUAUCUGCAAUUGACCAUCGGUAAUCUUACACAAAUAACUAACUUGGAGCUCUAUGGUAAUGCCUUCAGUGGCACAAUACCAAGCACACUUGGAAACAUGACCAGAUUGUUUGAACUAAAUCUUGCCCACAAUAACUUUAUAGGAGCAAUUCCCACUGAAAUAUUUAGCAUUCCCACACUCUCUGAAACUUUGGAUGUGUCCCAUAAUAAAUUGGAGGGAUCAAUACCAAAAGAAAUAGGAGAACUUAAAAAUAUUGUUGAAUUCCAUGCGGAUUCGAACAAAUUAUCGGGUGAAAUCCCCAGCACCAUUAGUGGAUGCCAACUUCUACAGCAUCUCUCCCUGCAAAACAAUUUCUUAAAUGGCAACAUCCCAAUUGCUCUGACUCAGUUGGCAGGUCUUGACACACUUGAUCUCUCAGGGAACAAUUUGUCAGGUCAGAUACCCAAGUCCUUAGGGGACAUGCCUCUGCUCCACUCGCUGAACCUUUCAUUCAACAGCUUUCAAGGAGAAGUGCCAACCAAUGGUGUUUUUGCAAAUGCUUCUGAAAUUUAUAUCCAAGGCAAUGCCAAUAUUUGCGGUGGCAUACCUGAACUACGUCUUCCGCAGUGUUCCUUAAAAUCAACAAAGAAAAAGAAACAUCAAAUUCUACUGAUAGCUCUUACUGUCUGUCUCGUUUCGACACUUGCGAUCUUUUCAUUACUCUACAUGCUUCUAACCUGUCAUAAGAGAAGAAAGAAAGAAGUCCCUGCUAUGACAUCCAUCCAAGGCCACCCAAUGAUCACUUACAAGCAGCUGGUAAAAGCAACAGAUGGUUUUUCACCAGCCAAUUUGUUGGGUUCUGGAUCCUUUGGCUCUGUUUACAAAGGAGAACUUGAUAGCCAACAUGGUGAAAGUACAAGUUCUGUUGCAGUCAAGGUACUAAAGCUUGAAACUCCUAAGGCAGUCAAGAGUUUCACUGCCGAAUGUGAAGCACUACGAAAUAUGCGUCAUCGGAAUCUUGUCAAGAUAGUUACUAUUUGCUCAAGCAUUGAUAACAAAGGGAAUGAUUUCAAAGCAAUUGUGUAUGACUUCAUGCCCAACGGCAGUCUAGAAGAUUGGCUACACCCUGAAACAAAUUGUGAUCAAGCAGAGCAGAGGCACUUAAAUUUGCAUCAAAGAGUGAACAUACUACUUGAUGUCGCCUGUGCAUUGGACUAUCUUCACUGCCUUGGACCUGAAUCUGUUGUACAUUGUGAUAUUAAAUCAAGUAAUGUGUUGUUAGAUGCUGACAUGGUAGCCCAUGUUGGAGACUUUGGACUUGCAAGAAUUCUAGUUAAGGAAAGCUCAUUGAUGCAACAGUCAACAAGCUCGAUGGGAUUCAGAGGGACAAUUGGUUACGCAGCACCAGAGUAUGGUGUCGGGAACAUUGCGUCCACACAUGGAGAUAUUUAUAGUUACGGAAUUCUAGUGUUGGAAACAGUAAGCGGAAAGCGACCAACCGAUACUACAUUCGGACCUGGAUUGAGCCUCCGUCAGUAUGUUGAACCGGGUCUACAUGGUAGACUGAUGGAUGUUGUUGACAGGAAGCUCGUUUUGGAUUCUAAGAGUUGGGUUCAGACUCCAGAUAUUUCUCCAUGCAAAGAAAUCAAUGAGUGCCUUGUUUCACUGCUUAGACUUGGGUUGUCUUGCUCUCAGGAAUUGCCAUCGAGUAGAAUGCAAACCGGAGAUGUCAUCAGUGAACUGCAUGACAUCAAAGAGUCUCUCUCGAUGGCAUCCAUCAUGUGAAAUCAUGUUAGAAAUGUUCUUUAGAACAGAUUUCUGCAGUGUUAUUUACAACAGAGGAGUUAUCUGAAGGGUGAUUAAUUUCUUGGUAAUAGCUGUUUCCUGAUCUGCACAUCAGAACAUUUCUCUAUACUUGUAUUUCUGAGAAUUGCCGCACCUAAUUAAGUACGAUAGUAAAUAUUAAUGCAUACUCGUACUGCGUGGUAUGUACUGAUAACAUGUCACUCUUUUACAAGUAUGACUUUGUCCU